AUGGCAAAAGAAUUUUAAGUUUUGAAGUUAAAUUCUCCAAUCAAUCAAAAGAAAAAAAGCACAUAAUUAUGCUUUAAUUCACUUGGAUUCUUGCAUUCUAUUUAAUUUGUAAAUCAAAUGGAAAAAAGUGAUGAAUUAAAAUAAUCACAUUAAGAUUUGAUGAAAAAAUAUUAUUAAUCAAAGACAUAUGAACAAAAAUAGGCAGCUCUAUCCACUAUUUAAUCACAAAAAACUUUGACUUAAAAAUUUGAGAAUAUUAAUGAUAAGUUGAACCUAAAACUAAAUAGUAAUAAACAAAGAGAAAAAGAAAAUUAAUUUUUUCGAUAACCUAAAAUUUCAGAAAUUGAUCAAUCUAUUAAUUAAAUACCUAAAGAAAAGCCCUUCUUCAAUAAGCAAAUUGAUAUUAUCAGGCUCCACAACCUAAAAGAAUACGAUAAAAAGUCAAACACUCAAUCUAAGGUUGUAUCAUCAAAUACUGCUCUGAUGGAUAAACGGACUCUAGAUCCCAAUAUAAUGCCCCUUUCAAGCUUGGUUAGAAAAUCAUUAAAAUAAAAAAAUUAACCGUAACUUUUAUAAUUAAGCUCAAAUACUUUAUUCCUUAAGGAUGAGAUUUCAGGUAAAGUCUGCUUUAAGUAAAAAUCUCAAAGCUAGUAAGAAGUGUAAAGACAUGUACAGGAUGAUUUAGAAGAUACAUUAGUAUAAAAGGACGAAAUUGAAAAAGAAAUCAACAAUUGUUCACCAUAAUUUUCUGUGAAAAAAUGCUUCUUUUCUUUAAUGCAAGGGUGUGUAGUGUUAGAAUAAUAGAAUAGUAAAACAAGAUCUUUAAGCAAUGAAAAAGGAGUGGAUAUAAAAGGGUCCAAAGUGUCAAAAAGCAAUAGAGCACAUACUUAAGGAAAACAGGAGUAAAAAUAAAUGAAUCGAUUGUACGAAUAUAUUUUAGAAGGUAAUUGUUGA